GGCUGUGGAAAAAGAGUAGUGUAGGAGAGUGACGAAGAACACGGAGGCGUGAAUAAAUGCAGGGUUUCUUCUAUACGAGGAGACAAUGUUUCUUCGUCGUUUAAGGGUUUCAAUUCCUCCCCACAUUACCCUUGUGACCUUGCCUUCAGUUCCAAAGGGUUUGAAUACUUAUUAAACACCUAAACCUGCUUGUGAAGGAUUGGAGGAGGAAGGUGGUUUUUGAUCCCGCAAUCCUUGUUUUGGACUGGAAGUAGUUUAAUCCCGCAGCUUUCUGAAGAUGCGUCCUUUUUCGUUUCCGCGUCUACCCAAUCCAAUUCAGACUGAAGGAAGCAACAAUUCAGCUCCUCCACAGGUCGUAUCAUCAGAUCCUUGUCGUGCAGAUUCAGGGAUUUUAUCAGUUGGUAGCAAUCUCAUCCACCAGCGUCCAUGUUCUUCUUGUGUCUAUCACAACCCUUUAGUUCCUAUAAAUUCCUUACAAAUUCAUUCUCAAGUUAAUGUAUUUAAUCCCCAUCUUCAGAGACCAUUUGGGAAUUUAAAUAUCAAUUUGAGUGAUUUAAAUAGAAAUUAUAUGGCUAUGCCUGCUGGACCAUCUAUGGUGCCUUCACAUUGCUUCCCAAAUGUUGUUAACAAUUACCUCCCGCUGCAAAAUAUUCAUAUGGGUAUGCCAAAUUUGGGUCCUUCAGGUUCUCAUCAUUUAAUGCAAACCCAUGGACAGAUUUUUCCCAACCCCACCCAACAAAAUUUUAAUCCAAUUUUGACACCUCCCGCACAUGGGCAAGUAUUCCUUAAUUUGCCACAGAAUUCAAAUCAAAUUGUGCCAUCUCUAGCCCAUGGGCAAUUGUUUAUGCAGAACUAUCCACAAGCUUCAAGUCAGAUUGGACCCUUGCAACCACAUGCUUCCAUGAAUGUGCAAAGUGGGAAGGCCUAUUCUCACAAUCAUGUGAACCCAAAUAUUGGCAUGCCAGAUGGACAAUCAUGUUUGCAGAAUCAAAUGUGUAGUGCAAGUCAACAUGGAGCAUUGGUCAACUCAAAUGAAGCUGGAGAGCACAAUAAACAAGAUCCUCAUACUUUUAUCCCACCUAAUAUGAGUCAGAAUGCUUUUCAAGAGUCACCAUUUGUAGCCGAGAAACUACAAGGAAAUUUUCUUCCAUCGCUUACAUGUCCGGUUCAAAUGCAACAAACUCAUCAGAACUUGCAACAAGCCAGUUUCAUGCAGUCACAGGGGAAUUGUGUAAAAAAUGGUGGAAAUAAUAUCUCAUACAGAAACCCAAGGAAUCCUCGAGUCCAGAAGUUUUCUAGAAAUUAUCAGAAUUUAGGAAGACGAGAAUCAGCAAAUCCAAGGUUUCAGAAAUCCCAGUUUCAUUCCGGGGCAGGUGCAGAGGGAAACUUCAGGAACUUCAACAGGAAUGGUGGAAAAGGGAACAGGAAUGACAGAGCAAGAAAAUCUGAUCUUUCUUAUUCUCCCAAACAAGCUGAGAUGGAAGAUCGAAGGUCUCUGCCCUUGAACUACACUGAACAAGAAGUCCUACAAUGGCGUGAAGAGAGGAGGAAGAACUACCCAUCGAAAGUCAAUGUAGAGCAGAAGUUUACCGAAAAAAGGAAAAACCCUGAACUUAUUGCUAAUGAUGCCAAAAGACGCUGUCAGCAACUUAAGGAGAUUCUGGCAAAACAGGCUGAGUUGGGUGUUGAAGUUGCGGAAAUUCCUCCAAACUAUCUAUCCGAGUUUGAUACACAGGUUUGUGGAAGGGAGGAGGAGAAAAAGGUCCAUAUGGAGAAAAAGGUCCAAAUUAAGAAUCGGAGAUCCCGGAACAAGUAUGGUAAAAGAGGAAAAUGUGGUAAAGACAGUUCUUCUACCGUGCCUGCUUCAAUGAUGAGACAGCCAACCCUUUUGCAGAAGCUUCUAAGUGCAGAGAUAAAGAGAGAUAAGAGUUAUCUGCUGCAGGCUUUCAGGUUCAUGAUGCUGAAUUCUUUCUUUAAAGAUUGGCCUGAGAAGCCUUUGAUAUUCCCCUCAGUUACAGUUAGAGAGAUGGGUUUUGAGGGUCAGGCUUUUGAGGAUUCUUCAGAGCAGGGAAAUAAUGGUGUUUAUAAGGUUCUUGAGAAUUCCAAUGUUGAGGAAUUUGAGGGUCCAAAAUAUCAUACUGCUGCAUAUGACGAUGGUGAUAAAAAUGAUUGUGAUAACAGUGAUCCUGAAAAGGAAAUGUUUCACCAGUAUGUCGGGGAAGCUAAGCAUGAUAUGAUGGAGGACGCUGAGAAGUCCGAGCCAGAAGAAGGAGAGAUUAUAGAUUAGGACGAAGUUUUCAUUGUACAUACAAAUUUUAGUUUACAUAAG